GCCUCUUCAUUCUGGCUACGUUCAGACUUCCUCUUCCAGGAAUCUUCGGCCUAUGCUUUAAGUCCUUACAUGGACUACAUAACCCAGCAUCCACCGCGGCAGAUUGGUUUCCGGGUCAAGAGGUCCGCUCUGGGUGCAUCACCAUGGAAGCGCUCGGUUUGGUCACGUGGUGGCCCUGGUUACGCCGGGUGGCGCCUGUGGGGUCCCAGGCUCAGCGGGGGCCAUUUUGCCGGAGGCUGGCUCCGGGAGUGGAAGGCCCGAGCGGCCUGGCAGCUGACCGGAGCCGUUCCUUCUCUUCCUCUGCAGCUCGGGGCUUGGAGAGGAACUGGAAGGCUGGGCUUCAUCCAGCCCUCCCAAGACGGCAAUGGUUCCCUCCAGCUCUCGCUACCUGACGACCCUCCAUGGCGGCCGCGCCUUCCGAGCUGCUCCCGCUGCCGCCUCCUGCGACCCCUGGUUCCUAUCGCCUCCUGAGCCGCUGUCGUCCUUACGCCCCAGGGACUGAUGGUCGUCGAUCCGGGGGCACCAUGAGAGGCGAGAAAAACUAUUACUGCCGUGGGGCUGCCGGGGAUCAUGGCUCCUGCCCCGCGACGCCGUCGCCUCUGGCCUCGACCCUCCUGUUACCGGCGGAGGCUGUUUCAACUAGCUGGUCCGGGCCUGGAAGUGGGCUCUCGGGCGGAGAUGAGGAGGAGACUCGGCUUCUUCAACUCCUGCGCACCGCACCGGAUCCUUCCGAGGCGUUCCAGGCUUUGCAGGCUGCCUUGCCGCGGCGAGGCGGCCGGCUUGGCUUUCCCCGCCGCAAGGAAGCCUUAUAUCGGGCGCUGGGCCGAGUGCUUGUGGAAGGCGGCAGUGAGGAGAAGAGGCUCUGCUUGCAGCUUCUCUCGGACGUUCUUCGGGGUCAGGGCGAGGCGGGUCAGCUGGAAGAGGCCUUCAGUUUAGCGCUUUUGCCUCAGCUCGUUGUCUCGUUACGAGAAGAUAACCCUGCCCUACGGAAAGAUGCGCUGCAGAUCCUGCAUAUUUGUCUUAGGCGUAGUUCUGGGCAGGUCCUGCGAACUCUCAUCCAAGGCCUGGAAAGUCCAGAUGCCCGGCUUAGAGCUUCCACUGCGCUGUUGCUCCCUAUCUUGUUCACUCCUGAGGAUUUGUUGCAGGGUUUGGAUCUCACUGAAGUAAUAAUAUCUCUGGCCCGAAAGCUUGGCGAUCAGGAGAUGGAAGAAGAAUCCGAGACAGCCUUCUCUUCACUUCAACAAAUUGGAGAACGACUUGGUCAAGAGAGGUUUCACUCCUACAUCUCGCGUUUGCCUUCUGCACUGAGGAGGCACUACAAUCGCCGCCUGGAGUCCCAGUAUGGAAGUCAGGUUCCUUAUUAUUUGGAGCUAGAAGCCUCCGGGUUUUCUGAAGAUGCUGCCCCGUGUGUAGUGAAUCUUUCCAGUAGCAAUCUUAAAUUUGAGAUUAUUCCCCAGGAACUCCAUGCAAGACUGUUGGAUCAGGAAGAUUAUAAAAACAGGACUCAGGCUGUUGAAGAACUAAAGCAGUUGCUGGGAAAAUUUAACCCAAGUUCGACCCCUCAUGCUAGUCUCGUUGGUUUCAUUAGCUUAUUGUAUAACUUGCUAGACGAUUCCAAUUUCAAAGUGGUCCAUGGCACACUUCAAGUUCUCCAUUUGCUGGUCAUUCGCCUGGGAGAGCAGGUGCAACAGUUCUUGGGACCAGUUAUAGCGGCUUCUGUGAAAGUGCUGGCAGACAACAAGUUGGUGAUCAAGCAGGAGUACAUGAAAAUCUUCCUAAAGCUAAUGAAAGAAGUGGGUCCUCAGCGGGUGCUUUCUUUGCUCCUGGAAAACCUUAAACAUAAGCAUUCCAGAGUACGGGAGGAAGUAGUGAACAUUUGCAUCUGUUCCCUCCUGACCUACCCCAGUGAGGAUUUUGACUUACCCAAACUGUCCUUUGAUCUUGCUCCAGCUCUUGUGGAUAGCAAACGCAGGGUACGCCAGGCAGCUUUAGAGGCCUUUGCUGUUUUGGCAUCAUCAAUGGGCUCAGGUAAAACCAAUGUUCUUUUUAAAGCUGUAGAUACUGUUGAAUUGCAGGAUAAUGGCGAUGGGGUGAUGAAUGCCGUGCAGGCCCGAUUGGCCAGAAAAACUCUUCCACGGCUAACAGAACAGGGAUUUGUGGAGUAUGCAAUACUCAUGCCGUCUUCGGCCCAGGGCAGGUCAAGCCAUUUGGCACAUGGAGCAGAUACAGACUGGCUUAUGUCCGGUAACAGGACUCAGAGUGCACACUGCUACUGUGGUGACCACACCAGGGACAGCAUGCAACUUUAUGGAUCCUACAGUCCAACUAUCUGUACCCGAAGGGUUUUAAGUGCUGGAAAGGGGAAAAAUAAACUGCCAUGGGAAAAUGAGCAGCCUGGAGUCAUGGGAGAAAACCAGACCUCCAAUUCCAAGGACAUUAAAGAUACCGAGCAGAUUGGCCCUUUCAGUGGACAGAACCAAGAGUUUUCAGCUCAUGACCUUAUCCCGUCUCCAAAAUUAAAGCCCUCUCAAGGAAUGCCAGCCAGUGAUGAUUUAUGUUUUAGCAAAAAAAGGUCAUCAAGAAACUUAUUUCAGAGUAGUCGGGACUUUAACUCAGAGUCAGUUCCUACAUGUGGUGCUGGUAAUACUGCAGAUCUUCAGACAAAUCUUCCCGGGAAAUGUGGGCAGCUUGGAUUGUCACAGAUAGGUUGUAGAACUGGCAGUGUGGGUUCUGACUUACAGUUUUUGGGGACAGCCAAUGGCCAUCAAGAUAAAGUAUAUGCUAGCAUUGAUUUUGGCAGUAAGACACAGCAAACAUUUGGUAGUCAAUCAGAACGAACUUCUUCAUACUCUGGUUCAAAUGCAAGUCCAGGAUCCUUCAUCCUUCCAUCCUAUCCUCUCGCAUCACCUCGAACUAGUCCAAAGCACACAUCUCCUCUUUCUGUAGCACCAAAGAAGUCGCAAGAUAAUUCCAUUAGUUUCUCAAAUUCUUGGCCUCUUAAGAGCUUCGAAGGACUGUCAAAGCCAAGUCCACAGAAAAAGCUUGCCAACCAGAAAUCAUCUGACCCUACAGGAGAAAAUUUUCAAGAAAAAACUACUGCAGUUCAACUUACACCUGCCUUGGUGCGAUCACCUUCUUCCCGAAGAGGCCUAAAUGGGACCAAACCUGUUCCUCCCAUACCAAGGGGGAUAAACCUCUUGCCUGAUAAAGCUGACUUAAGCACAAUGGGACACAUGAAGAAACAGCCUGAUGAUAUUUGGAAAAGUGAAAAAGAUAAUCUUACAAUUGAUCUUUCAGAAUUGAAUUUCAGAGAUAAAGAUUUGGAUCAGGAAGAGAUGCACAGCUCUCUUAGGUCCCUUCGAAAUAGUGCAGCUAAGAAAAGAGCCAAACUCAGUGGCAGCAGCAGCACCUCUGAUGUUGACAGUCCCGACUCUGCCAUGAAGCUUGAGCUGACCAUUGACUCCCCGUCCCGAGCUUCCUCUCCAAACAUCAGCUCUUACAGUGAAAGUGGAGUGUAUAGCCAAGAAUCGUUGACCUCUUCUCUUUCUACAACGCCUCAGGGGAAGAGAAUAAUGUCAGACAUAUUUCCAACAUUUGGAUCAAAACCUUGCUCAACAAGGCUUUCUUCUGCAAAGAAAACCUCCCAUGCUGCUGAACAGAGUCCCAGUGCAGGGAUAACAACACCCAGUGUAAGCAUAAUUGGCCAACGUAUGAACUAUGGGUUUGGAUGUGGUGAUUUUGAAGAUGAUAGGUCACAUGACAUUUCACCUAGUGCUUUAAAAAUACAAAAUAAGGAACACCCAAGGCAAAAGUAUACAAAAGGAUUUACUAGGUCAUCAAAUUUACAGCAGAUUUCCAGUUUUGACUUCACAUCUACAAACACCUUAUCAGAAGACUCAGUAGUAAUUGUUGGAAAAGGUGUAUUUGGAAAUCCAAAUUCAGCACCAACAACUUGCAGCCAGCCAGUAAUAUCCUCUGUGGAAAGUGAGGACACGUUUCCAGUGAAACCAAGCAUUGAACCGCCAUCAGGGGUUUAUGGAAGAGCAGUCCAGCAUAAUGCUCCACUAUAUCCUGAGGUUGAAAAUGACAAAGAUACUAAAGUUUCUAUUGCAAAAUCUACUUAUGAAAAAAUGAGACAAAAGAGAAAGGAAGAAAAAGAACUUCUUGAUGCUAAAGAUUGUGAACGGAAAGAGACGAAUCCCUGGGAACGAAUAAAGCAUCUAGGAAGCGAGAAAAUGACAUCCGAGAAUGAACCAUCUUCUGGAGUCAUUCCACAAUAUAAAGAACGAAUGUCUUCUGUCACUCACAGUCCAGAGAUAAUGGAUUCAUUAGAACUACGGCCAUUUUCCAAACCAGACAUAGCACUUACAGAAGCCUUGCGGCUUUUAGCCGAUGAGGACUGGGAGAAGAAGAUGGAGGGACUGAAUUUUGUCCGAUGCUUAGCUGCUUUCCAUUCCGACCUGUUGAACACAAAAUUGCAUGAAACAACCUUUGCAGUAGUUCAAGAGGUGAAAAAUUUACGCUCUGGAGUGUCCCGUGCUGCUGUGGUGUGCUUAGGUGACCUUUUUACAUACCUGAAAAAGAGCAUGGAUCAAGAACUAGAUAGUGCAGUAAGGGCUUUGUUGCACAAAGCUGGAGAAUCGAAUACCUUCAUAAGGGAAGAUGUUGACAAGGCAUUGAAAGCUAUGGUUAAUAAUGUAACUCCUGCACGUGCAGUCACUUCUCUCAUCAAUGGAGGACAAAGCCAUCUGCACAUUGCAGUAAGAAGAUGUACAGCCCAGCACUUGGCAGAUGUAGUAGAAUGUAUGGACCCAGAGCGAAUUUCAUCUGGAACAAAGGAUAUGGCUGAUCGUUUAUUGCCUGCUGCUGCUAAGUUUGCUCAAGACAGCUCACAAGAAACCAGGUAUUAUGGUCGAAAGAUGCUUUUCCUCAUGAUGGGUCAUCCUAACUUUGAAAAACUACUUGAAAAGUAUAUCCCAUCUAAAGAUUUGCCAUAUAUUAAAGAAUCCGUUAAAAAUUUACGGCUAAAGGGCUUGGGAGAGAUACCUCUAGACACAGCAUCAGCAAAAGGAAGGCGAUCUCAUCCUGGCAGUGUUGGGAACACAAGGUCAUCCUCUGUUUCUCGAGAUGCUUUCAGUUCUUCUGAGAGAACCCAGGACCACCAGCCCAAGGAUGACACCACCCACAAUGGCCUUGGACCUCCCCUAUCAUUAAGAAAAAUGCCUACAGUCCAACCUUAUGGAAGGAAGUCUUCAACUGAGGUUCUCUUUACUCAGAUGACUAUAGCUUCUGUGUCAAGUUGACAUAAAACCAGCAAGCAAAAUAGUUUAGAUAGAUAGAUAGAUAGAUAGAUAGAUAGAUAGAUAGAUAGAUAGAUAGAUAGAUAGAUGGAUGGAUUAUUCAUAUACUUCAGUAUAGAUUUAAUAUCGAAUUGAAAGUCUACACUCUGUAUGAGUUCCAAGGCAGGUAAGGGCCUACAUUCACAGACAUUGUGUGCACAUGCAUUGUACACAUACAUCUACUAAAAGGAAAGAAAUGUCUUUUAAUAAUGCUUGCCACUCACAGCAUAGGUUCCAGUCUCAACCCACAGAAACUUUCCUUACACUUACAGAGUAGAGGGAAGGUGUCUCAGAUUAGAAGGGAGGGGUCACUAACCAUAGCAGGUUAGUGAAGUUAUUAGGUAAGAUAUAAGUGAGCAGUUUUGGCAGUGAACCUUAUUGUUUUACCUGUCUUGAUCCUGCUACCUGAUAGGGGUUUAAGACUAGAUAGGAUGUAAGCCAUGGCAAAUACCUUAGGUGCAGCAUUUGUGAUCUUUGCUUAUAUACAAAACAACUGUAUGUAACAGAUUAGAGGGAGGUAGGACCCAAGGGAUUUAUGGGUGUUGAUUUCUAUUUCUACUUGAAACUAGAGCAUUGUAGAAACUAAGAUGAAGUCCCCCUUCCUUGUUAUCCAAUACCAGUAGUCAGUUAGUGAUUCUUAAGUAAGGACAAGUGUUUGUAUUCAUGCAUCAAAAGGAUGCUAGGAAAGUGAGGCUAUGAGGCACGCUCAACUGUAGUCUAAAUGAGUUGAUAGAUGACCGAGAAAGCCUUUCAGAUAUCAUGGCUUCACAUUCUGUGCUUUAAAGAUUUUGGGGUGGGGUAUGUGUGUGUGUCCUCUUUUACAUGUACAUGCAGAGGCCCGAGUUGACAUCCAGUGUCUCCCUUUGUCACUCUACUUACUUAUUUGUUUGCUCAUUCUACACAGGGCCUUUCUAUGAAGGCCUUACUAUCCCCAGACUCACUGAGAUCCACCUGCCUCUGCCUCUUGAGUUCUGGCAUUAAAGAUGUAUAUUACCACAUCCAGUUUAAAACUACUGAUCUUGGCCAGGUUUGAUGGUACACAUCUUUAAUCCCAGCGCUCACUAGGAAGGUAGAGGCAGGAGGAUCUUUUUGAAGUGGAAGAUUGCCAGGGCUAAUUUGGAAGGACCCUCUCUCAAAUAAAAAAAAAAUAAUAAUAAUAGCAACAUCGGCAAAAUAAGUAAAUUGAUUGGGGGGGAAAAAUGCUGUUCUUAAUUUUGCCUGCAAAGUUAGUCCUUAACUAGCAUUAGAAAAUAGGAUUUGAAGAGCAGUGCACUAUUCUCUAAUUUGUAAGCUUGUUGAUUAUGCAUAAAUUGUCUGAACAUAUAAAACAACAUAAAGAAGAGCUGCUUUCCUUCAAGGAGACUUCAAGGUGUCUGUAAUUUUGUCACAUUCUAGGCAGACACCAUAACAAUCCAGGGAAGAGUCUUUAUCUUUAAUAAUCUUCUUGUUAGACUAUAUCUCACAUGAUGCUCUGUGCAGGGCUGCUGUGACAGGUUCCUUAAAAGCUUGCAUCUAGGCAGACAUGGUGGCACACAUUUUUAAUCCCAUCACUGGGACGGCAGAGGCAAAGUAGAUUUCUGUGAAUUUGAGACCAGUCUUGUCUACAGUUUCCAAGCCUGCAAGGAACCAUGUAGUGGGAUGCUGUCUCAAAAAAAAAAAACCUAAAUCAAUCAGACAAAUGAAA